AUGGAUAAGGUCCUUGUUCAAGUUGAUGGAAGGUUUAGGCUAGGAGAUGUUUUGGGAGCCGGCUCGUAUGCUGUCGUGUAUCGUGCACGGAACAUCAUAAAGGAUGAUGCAGUUGCCAUCAAACUUGAACCCAUCACCCACUCAUCUUCCGUGCAGCGUGAAUACAACAUUUUGAAACACCUUGAAGGCGGUGUUGGUAUUCCCCGUGCCCUCUGGUUUGGUAGGGAGUCAACAUAUCACACUCUCGUUCUCAAUCUCCUUGGGCCAUCCCUGCACAGUCUCUUCCUUUUGCACAGCCGCAAAUUCAGCCUUGACACUGUCAUAAAUCUAGGAGAUCAGCUGCUCUCACGUCUCAAAUAUAUUCACUCGCACAGUUAUGUUCAUGGCGACAUUAAACCCCAGAAUGUUGUUCUGGGUCUUGGCGAUUUGAGGCACACCGCCUUCAUAAUUGAUUUCGGUAUCGCGAAGGAAUUCUGGAAUAUGUCAGGUGUCCAUAUACCAUUUCACCAAGGUCAAUGUCUCACUGGCACUCCUGCAUUUGCAUCAAUCAACAAUCACUUGGGAGUCGAACCAGGUCAUCGUGACGAUCUCGAGUCACUUAUGUACAUGUUGAUAUACUUCUUGCAGGGCUCCCUUCCAUGGUUAACCAGUGACCAAGAGAAACUUUCCAGCACUUCCAUACUCGAGUGGAAAGUGAACACUACCAUCGAAGACUUAUGUCGUGGAAUUCCUGUCAAGUUUGCAACAAUUCUCAUUUACACGUGCUCACUCGCAUUCUCAGAGGAUCCUGACUAUAACCACCUUUGCUCAUUGCUUCAUAUACUUUGUUCUACACCACCUGCACCAGCUGCAUGCUUGCUGGAUAUAAGCCAGCCUGAAGUAAUACCUAUGACGCAUUCCCCUCCAUUCUUCGACAAACCUUGCGUAAUUGAGGCAGUGUCUCCAUGCCCACCGCUUCGCAGAUCGACUCGUAUGUGA